AUCGUUUAUAUGUGGCACCAUCAAGAUAAAAGCGUAUUGUUUCGAUUGUCUAUUCUCUUAUAACGUCAACUAAGUUCAACGUCUGUAAUAUAUGUGAUACUUAUGGUAGUUCUCUCUUCAACCCUGAUCAUUAGUUUACAACACAAUUACACAUAAUGGGGAAGAAAGCGUACGAUUUGGAAUCAAGCGAAAAAAAUGGAAAAAAAGACGCCCUAACGCCCGAAUUUGUACAAGAACCAAGCGAAAAACUGGAAAAAGCACCUCCUGUUGGAUUCUUUAAACUAUUUCGCUAUGCCACAAAAUGGGACACAUUUCUGAUGAUCAUUGCGGUUUUUGCAUCCAUUGGCACUGGAAUUUUGCAACCUUUAAACACACUUUUGUUUGGAGACUUGACAGGAACCAUCGUCGAUUAUGUCUUCACCAUUAAUUCAAAUGAAACCAGCGAGGAACAAAAACAAAACGCGACUGAUGUUUUUAUCGACGGAAUCACAGAUUUUGCAGUCUAUAACACCUUAAUAGGGGUUGGAAUGCUAGUUUUGAGUUAUAUUUCAACAGAGUUCUUCAACUACACUGCCCUGAAACAAGUUUUUAAAGUACGAACAUUAUAUCUAGAAAAAGUAUUCAAUCAAGACAUUUCGUGGUACGAUGUCAAUAAUACUGGGGAUUUUUCGAGCCGAAUGUCAGACGAUCUCUCGAAAUUUGAGGACGGAAUUGGGGAAAAAGUCCCAAUGUUUGUCCAUUUCCAAGCCACUUUCCUGGCCUCUCUGAUCAUGGCUUUGGUCAAAGGUUGGCAACUUGCCCUCAUCUGUCUCGUCUCGCUACCCUUGUCCAUGAUUGCAAUUGGAAUCAUCGCAGUGUUGACAUCAAAACUUGCAAAAAAAGAGCAAGACGCGUACGGUUCUGCCGGUUCAAUCGCCGAAGAAGUCUUGACUUCAAUUCGAACAGUUAUAGCUUUCGGAGGACAACACAAAGAAAUAACACGCUAUGACGAAGAGUUGGAGUUUGCAAAGAAGAACAAUAUCAAAAGACAGUCCAUGACAGCGAUUGGUUUCGGUCUAUUGUGGUUUUUCAUCUAUGGCAGUUACGCUCUUGCGUUUUGGUAUGGAGUUAAGUUGGUUCUAGAAGACAGAAACAAACCAGCCAAGGACAAAGUCUACGAUCCUGGUACCAUGGUCACUGUGUUUUUCAGUGUGAUGACUGGUAGUAUGAAUUUCGGAAUUUCCUCACCGUAUAUUGAAGCGUUUGGUGUUGCAAGAGCUGCAGCCAGCAAAGUUUACCAAAUCAUUGACAACAUUCCCAAAAUCAAUCUAUCGAAAGGCAAUGGAGAUAAAAUUGAUAAUCUCAAGGGAGACAUUAAAUUUAGGAACGUUCGGUUUGUGUAUCCCUCCAGACAAGAUGUUCCAAUUUUGCUAGGUCUGGAUUUGGACAUCAAAGCUGGCCAAACUGUUGCUUUGGUUGGCAGUUCGGGUUGUGGAAAAUCGACUUGUAUCCAACUGAUCCAGCGUUUUUAUGACCCUCUUGAAGGAGAGGUGAGUCUGGACGGAAAAAACUUGAAAGACUUUGACUUGACUUGGCUGAGGAACAACAUUGGUGUCGUGGGCCAGGAGCCAGUUCUCUUCGCUACCACAAUAGCCGAGAACAUUCGUUACGGCAACAGCAAAGCCACAGACGAAGAAAUCAAAAACGCCGCAAUCAAAGCCAACGCUCACGAAUUUAUCAAAAAACUCCCCUCAGGUUACGACACUUUAGUUGGUGAAAGAGGAGCGCAAUUGUCCGGAGGGCAAAAACAAAGAAUUGCGAUCGCUAGAGCUCUUGUCAGAAAUCCUGCGAUUCUGCUCUUGGACGAAGCAACUUCGGCUCUGGAUACGAACAGCGAGGCUAAAGUUCAAGCCGCUUUGGAUAAAGCUAGUAAAGGUUGUACGACUGUUAUUGUGGCUCAUCGGUUGUCGACGAUUCGAAAUGCCAAUAAAAUUGUUGUGAUAUCGAAGGGGAAAGUUGUGGAGCAGGGAACUCAUAACGAGUUGAUGGAACUUAAAAGCGAGUAUUAUAAUCUGGUUAUGACGCAAGUAAGUGCUGUGGAGAAGUUUGAUGGGGAUCAGGAAGGUGAAAGUAGGAAGUUAGUGGAGCUGGAAAGGCAGGUUUCGCUUCUGGAUGACGAAAAGCACGACGAUGCUGAGGAAGAAGUCCAAGAAGCCGAAAGAUCCGUAUCGCUCAUGUCAAUAUUAAGAAUGAACAAACCAGAAUGGGUCUCAAUUUCCAUCGGCUGCAUCGCUUCCAUCGUGAUGGGUUGUUCCAUGCCGGCGUUUGCUGUCAUAUUCGGUGAUAUUAUGGGGGUUUUAGCUGAGAAAAACGAAGACGAAGUUAUUUCUGAAACCAACCGUUUCUGCAUCUACUUUGUGAUUGCUGGAGUUGUUUCUGGAAUCGCAACGUUUUUACAAAUAUUUAUGUUUAGUGUCGCUGGUGAAAAACUAACAAUGAGGCUUCGCAGCAUGACAUUCAUAGCAAUGUUAAAGCAAGAGAUGGGCUGGUAUGAUAGAAAAGAUAACGGAGUUGGCGCCCUUUGUGCUAGAUUAUCUGGUGAAGCGGCACAUGUCCAAGGAGCGACUGGUCAAAGAGUUGGAACAAUUUUACAAUCGAUUGCCACAAUUGGUUUAUCAGUGGGUCUCUCAAUGUACUACCAGUGGAAAUUGGGACUUGUGGCGUUGGCUUUUACGCCUUUUAUCCUCCUUGCUGUUUUCUUCCAACACAGAUUAAUGAACGUCGAAAAUGAAGCUCAUCACAAGUCCUUACAAAAAUCUAACAAACUUGCAGUUGAAGCGGUAGGUAAUGUGCGUACCGUAGUGUCGUUAGGGCUCGAAGAAACUUUCCACAAGCUUUACAUCUCGUAUCUGAUGGAACACCACAAAAGAACACUAAGAAAUACACAUUUUCGUGCCGUGGUGUUAGGUCUAGCCCGGAGUAUAAUGUUCUUUGCUUAUUCUGCUUGUAUGUAUUACGGUGGUCAUCUUAUUCGAGACGAAGGAUUACUAUAUCAGGAUGUUUUUAAAGUAUCACAGUCACUUAUUAUGGGUACGGUAUCAAUCGCCAAUGCUCUAGCGUUUACACCAAAUCUCCAAAAAGGUCUAGUAGCAGCUGCUAGAAUCAUAAGGUUGCUCAGGCGACAACCACUCAUCAGGGAUGAACCCGGUGCUAAAGAUAAAGAAUGGGAAAACGGUGCCAUCCAAUAUGACACCAUAUACUUCUCGUACCCAACCCGUCCAAACAUCAUGGUCCUCAAAGGCCUAAAUUUGUCCGUAUUGCAAGGAAAAACUGUAGCCCUAGUCGGCCCUAGCGGCUGUGGAAAAUCGACAAUAAUCCAACUAAUUGAACGAUUUUACGACCCUCUUGAAGGCACUCUUACAGUAGACAACGAAGAUAUCAGAAACAUCCGACUAGGAUCGCAUCGUUCCCACUUGGGAAUAGUCUCGCAAGAGCCAAAUCUUUUCGAUAGAACCAUCGGCGACAACAUCGCUUAUGGUGACAAUUCCAGGGAAGUGACUCAAGAAGAAAUAAUAGAAGCUGCCAAAAACGCAAACAUACACAAUUUCAUCGCUUCGUUACCUUUGGGUUAUGAAACUCGUCUUGGUGAAAAAGGAACACAAUUGUCAGGUGGCCAGAAACAGAGAGUUGCUAUCGCUAGAGCUUUGGUUAGAAAUCCGAAAUUAUUGCUUUUGGACGAAGCGACAAGUGCUUUAGAUUCCGAAAGUGAAAAGGUUGUGCAAGAAGCUUUAGAUAAUGCAAAGAAGGGAAGAACUUGUAUCACAAUAGCCCACAGACUGACAACCAUUCAAGAUGCUGAUGUUAUUUGUGUGAUAGACAAGGGUGUGGUGGCAGAAAUUGGAACACAUUCCGAACUUUUGAGCCAGAAGGGACUCUACUACAAAUUGCAUUCGCUCCAGAACAAAUAGUACAAUUUUUAAUUACGAUGACAAUUAUGUACAAAUAUACUUAUUUAUUUAUGUGUUGUAGGCAAUUGUAAUAAAGCUAUUUUUUUAAAAA